AUGGAAUCGGGAAGUGAUCAUUUUGAUCAGGGCAUGCCUCAGGCCGAGGGACAAGGGCAGAUUCUGAUGGCAGCCCCGGCGGCAAGUCAGCCGUUGACUCUGUCAAAUCUGCGGCUGCAAUUACAGUAUCAUCAGCAGCAAGUAAAAUAUCAUCGGCAGAAACAAUUGCAAGUACUAUAUCAUCAUCAGCAGACAGCAGUUGCAGGGACUCGACCGGAUGGAGGCUUGGAGGAUGCAAAUGUACAAAAGUGGUCGCAGAUCUCCGGCGUCUUUUUUGGAGGCAAAGAAGAAGAGAAGGCAAGAGGAAUUGUUGGAGUUUGCACUCCAAUGUUUGGAGUACUAGAAAUAUGUCCUGUUUUCUUAACCACGCUCGAUUAA